AUGUCGAGCAAAAAAAGAAAGUGGUCGGACGAAUAUGUACAACAUGGAUUCACAUGUAUCACGGAACGUGAUGGGAGUCAGCGUCCUAUCUGCAUGAUUUGCAAUGCCAAGUUGAGCAACUCUAGUCUCGCACUGGCAAAACUGAAGGAACACUUCUUGAAGCUGCAUGGAGAUGGGGAAUACAAGAACACAACGCUUGCUGAAUUCAAGGUGAAAAGAGCCAGAUUCGAUGAAAGGGCCACUCUGCCUGCUCUUGGAUUUAUACCCAUAAACAAACCGAUCCUCACCGCAUCGUACGAAGUUGCUUACCUGAUCGCAAAGCAGGGCAAGCCGCACACCAUCGGUGAAACACUCAUAAAACCAGCGGCGUUAAAGAUGGCGAAUCUGAUACUCGGAACAGCGGCCGAAGGUAAAUUAUCCCAGAUUCCUCUUUCAAAUGACACCAUCAGUGACAGAAUAGAGUGCAUGAGUAAAGACAUCUUGGCUCAAGUGGUCGCAGAUCUAAUUUCAAGUCCGGCAAAAUUCAGCCUUCAACUCGACAAGACCACAGACGUUUCUAAUCUAAGCCAGCUUGCUGUUUUCGUGCGCUAUGUGAAAGACAACAUGAUAAAAGAGGAGUUUUUAUUUUGUAAGCCUCUUACAACAACAAUUAAGGCAGCCGAUGUGAAGAAGCUUGUGGAUGACGUCCUCAGAGACAACAAUCUUUCAUGGGAUAUGGUUUCUGCAGUUUGUACGGACGGAGCUCCAGUCAUGCUGGGAAGAAAGUCUGGUUUUGGUGCGCUAGUAAAAGCCGAUGCACCACACAUCAUUGUUAUGCAUUGUAUUCUGCAUAGGCAUGCGUUGGCAACAAAAACCUUGCCUCCAAAAAUGGCAGAAGUAUUGAAAACUGUAGUGGAAUGUGUGAACUAUGUGUGA